AUGUAUCCAAGGAAUCGAGGAAGGCAGCAACAACUCAACACCGAAGGGAAAGUGGUAUCUCGCAAGUAUGAUCACACUGUGUUUAGGCAGAUGGUAGCUAAGACAAUAGUCCAGCAUGAUCUACCUUACUCGUACGUGGAGUAUGAAAGAGUGAGAGACACCUGGAAGUAUUUGAAUGUUGAUAUCCAAACCAUUUGUCGAAACAUAGCGAGAGCAGAUGUGUAUAGACCAUAUGAAAGUGAGAGAGACACACUCAAGAGGGAAUUAGCAAGUCUCCCUAGACGAGUCUCCUUCACGUCUGACUUGUGGAUAUCCGUGAAACGGGAAGGAUACAUGUGUGUGACAGCACAUUACAUGGAUCGGAAUUGGAAGUUGAACAGUAAGAUCCUGACGUUUUGUGCUCUACCACCACCACAUACCGGUAUGAGUAUUGCGGUUCAACUCCUUGAGACACUGAAAGAGUGGGGAAUUGAUAAGAAGGUGUUCUCAGUCACAUUAGAUAAUGCUACAAGAUCGGAAACACGUGUACAAUUAUUCCAAAAAUGUGUGGAUGCUGCGGGUGUAGUAGAAAGUGGGUGGCUAAUACUGGACGUGUCGACGAGAUGGAACUCAACUUACUAUAUGCUUGAAAGAUCCCUCAAGUACCGUAACGCAUUUGUUAAGUUGGAGACAUUUGAUAAGAAGAGUUAUAAAUCAGCGCCCACAGCCGAGGAAUGGACUAGAGCAGACAACAUUUGCGAUUUUUUGGGUCCUUUUGCUGUGAUCACAAGCUUGAUGUCUGGUUCGAAUUACCCGACUGCAAACCUGUAUUUCUAUCAGGUUUGGUUGAUCCAUGAUUGGCUUCGGAGAAAUGAGGAAAGCGACGAUGAGAUUGUCAGACACCUGGUGCCACCGAUGAAGGAGAAGUUUGACAAAUAUUGGGAUGAAGCUAGUGGUAUUUUUGCAAUGGCAGCAGUCUUUGAUCCACGGUUUAAGCUUUCAAUUGUCGAAUGUUGUUUAGGGAAGCUUGACAUGAGUACACGUGAUGAAAAGGUGAAGAACUUGCGUGAGAAUCUGAGUAUUCUGUUUGAGACAUACGACAAAAAAUCAAAGAAUAACUCACCUUCUACUGAGCCACGUGAGACUGUUUCGCAAAAAGCCUGUGCAGCAGGAUCAAUUGGGACUGCAUUUCGCAAAGUCAGUGGCAUUGUGAGUGGAAAGACACCUCUACAAGCUUAUCUUGAAGAACCACCAUUGGACAUUACUAAUUUCCAGAGCUUGGACAUCUUUGAUUGGUGGAAAGAUAAUGAGCAUCGGUAUGGUGACUUGGCUGCAAUGGCAUGUGAUCUGCUAAGUAUUCCAAUCACAACAGUGGCUUCUGAGUCCUCCUUCAGUAUUGGAUCGCGAAUAUUUACAGAUGAAGAAAUCAAUGGUGAUGGUGAUGGUGAAGAAGAGAAAUUACCAACAUUUGAGUCCAUUGUUGAUGGAGAAGAUGAAGAUGAAUAG